AUAGAUUGGGAAAAUCGUCAUCGAUCUUGCGGCGAUUGGAGGGGGGGACACUUGAAUGCGACUCUCCAGCGGCUUGGAAUGGCAGCCGUUGGGGCAGCGGUGCACCGUCCAGUCCCGAAAAUGUACAAGUCGGCGCGGAAUUCUAUCAGGCCUCCUGCACGGAAAUAGAUUGCGGGCCAAUCUCCGGAGUGGUUUGUCAGAGGGCGGCACGUUCCAAUCGAUGGAGGCGCGGAUGCGCCAUGUACGGCACACUGUGUUCGGAAGAGUCGGGUUUGUGAACGCGGCCGUGGAAAUGGGGGCGGACUGGAACCUCGAACUCAUUGUCUACUGGAGCAUCAACUGCAGAAUGAAUUCCGCAUGGCUGCUGUGCGUUGCCGAAGAGCCAAAUAGCUCGUGUUCAGCGUCAAUGGACACACAUUUAUUGUGUCCCUCGUGGCGGUGCAACCUCGAAUGUUCGUGUCCGCGUUGCCGACAGGUGUCGAGCCCAGACCUCAGAUCCUUGGGGGCUGCAGAAUGCAUGGUAGUUCACGACGGUCGUGUAUAUACAUCCGUUACGAAUAACUCCUUGGUACCCAGUCCUGUCCUUGAGCGUUUCUUGCCUUCUCAUGCAGCUGCGGAGCAUUGGUUACAGGAAGUGAGAGAAACCCUUUGGAGUUUGGCUCAUCUGGUUGGUACAUCUCGGCGUCGACGCGCAUUUCGGCUUGACCGCUGUCGUCAUCGCUCUUUCUUCUUUCCAACCAAGCUCUGAGAAAGCCACCAUGCGAUGCGGGCCACCAAGAAGCCGUCUCGCCGUGGACAAGGGGUACCGAGUCGAAACUUCGGCAGCGCGUCGAUUCAGGGGAACAGGGGCAGACGGAGUGGCGGAGCACCAAAUCUGACGCACCGUAAUUUCGGUUUGACAGUCCGUUACAGACCGCCAAAGCUGCUGAGAUUCCUGUGACAGGAAGCACUGCCAGACCGUGAUUGGUGUGUCGUGAUUAUGUAAUUCGCAGUUUCGAUUGUGGGAACGGAUGUCCCGAGGAGUCGCGUUGUCGCUCGUUCCUAU